AUGGAAACCCAAUCUAUCCAUCAAGGUAGCUCUACGGCCCCCGGCGGUGAUUCCACACCACUGGCUAUUGAUUCUUUUCAUCCAAUUUUCUCUGAGUUCGGUCCACAUUAUCUGAUUGCACAAAGACUUGACGGAGAUGAUGUCUAUCUUCUGCAUGGAGAAAUCCCACCAGACGUUGUCAAAAAUGUCUCUUCCUACCUCCGAGGCGUUCACGAGUAUACGUUUAAGGAGUCCAACGAACGUGGCCCCGUGCAGAAUAUCCAUCCUGGAGCAUACCUACGACUCGUUCAUCUCUUGAGCCAGGCUUCACCUGGGCCCCUUUUCCCUUCUCUUCGAUCCUUGCGUCUCCAUGGCCCAGCAUCUCUUGAUCACUUGGGCUUAUUUUUGACGCCUUCACUCCAGACGCUUGAAGUGGUCCAUAUCCCUGAACAAGAUCAUGUCAUCGUUUCAAAUUUUCUUGAAACUUUGACGGAGUUUGGCAAUGAAUCCAAUCUGGGUGAAGUAACCUUGGGGCCGGGGACCAUUUGUGUUGAUUGGUGCAGAGCAUGCCCAAAGUUCGACAAACUCCACACCUUGAAGAUUGUAUACGAAUCUGAUACUGCGCUUGAAUAUAAUCUCCUCACGAUUUUGGGAGAUCUUCCGCUCCUUAACUCCUUCGAGCUCGAUGCGACACUGGCCAAACUUUAUCGAGACAGGACAUCGAUUCCUGUGAACGAAAGGAUUAUAGCACCUCUCCCUCGAAGAGCAUGGAGGAACGGUGUGCCACCUAGUUUAUCAUCCCACACCAUGGUACCUACGAAUAGGUACUCCCGUUUAAAGCAACUCUCUAUCGAGGGAUCCGUGGAGCUUACUAGAGAUCUACUGUCUCUCAUCGGCUCUCGGGAACUUCAGAAGUUGACCUUGCAUUUGAUAUCUUUUCCAAAUUCUCUGCAACACGACGCCUCUCAGUAUCUAGGUCUUAUCGAUCAAUGCUUAACCAAGUGGACCAAUAGUCUCGAAGAUAUCAGUCUGCAAUUCAAUCAGCGAAUGUAUUCACGACCCAAUUCGACUCCUACGGCACCAGCUAAUGAGACAGCUAGAGUCAUCAUAUAUCCGAACAUACCUGCGACCCUUGCUCAAAAUCUCGUAUCCCCAGUAAAUCUGACCCGACUCAGCAUUUCGGGAUUGAGUCUAGGAUACGCAGCACUCCGUAUGUUGCUCGUUACAAGACAGACGACACUCAAAUAUCUUGACCUUCCGGUCAAUAACGAUACACCUUGUUUGCAAUUGCUUAAUUUGCGAGAAAUUGCACUCGCCUUCCCAAAUCUUCUCAGCCUUGCUUGUGGAAUCGAAUUUAGUACAGGAUUACCCCGCACAGAAGACUUUCCGCCUCAUUGUAGCGCUUUAUCUCAUGGGCUAAACCGUCUCCUUCUUGAUCCUGUCGAUUCGAAUCUUCCAUCGACAGUACAGCAUGCCGACGUUGCGCGCUACGUCAAUUCUCUUUUUCCUAAUCUUACAUUAAUCUCUCCCUUUUCUCCCUGGAAAAAGAUUUCCAAAUCUCUGAAGCUUCUUCAGACAGUGAGACUCGACGACUUGUAUCGUGCUCCUAUAAUCUAG